AUGAAUCUCAAUGAAAACUAUCUGGACGCUGACGUACCGGAGAGAAAGCUGAAGCCUAGUAAAAGUGGCAAUUUUGAGGGAAUUCCCAUCGUGGCCCCAACGUCAGAGCCAACCACAUCGGUUAAUCUGGAUAAAACUUUUUUCACGAAGGCUCCUCUGGCAGUAUCGAUAUCUGAUGACCGUUCUAUGAGUAGAUCUACUUCUAUAAAUUCCUUGAAUACAGCAUAUUUAUCAUCAAGAAGAUCUCCUCUACGAGCGAUGAAGCUCCAAGCUAAAAACGAUCUAAUGUCAACUGAACUAACAAAUAGCAGUGGUAACAUAUCACAGCUGCCAAGCGUUCAAAAAAAGUAUGCUGAUCCCUAUUUGGACUCCGAGAAUGACAUUAGAAGUCGCCUGGCGGAAAGCAUAUACUCCAUGGAAACAUCUGUGAGGGGAUCGGAAAUACAAAGACGACCCUAUGUAAGCAACGAAAUUCCCAACGUAUUCAAAUUCUCUAAACCCAAUAAUGUCAAGGUGCCUAAUGAACAGGAAACUUAUGAUAAAAAUUUUCUCAUAUUUACAUCAGCGGGUAAACCAAUCUAUUGCAUGCAUGGCAAGGACGAGAAAAUUAUGUCGUACACUGGACUCGUCAAUACUGUGGUCAGUUAUUUCCAAGUCAAUGGGCCAUCGGAACUGAAAACCAUAUCCACUUUUGCCUCUGAUAAGAGGUUCACCUUUUUGGAUAAAUCACCCAUAUUAUUAAUGGCACAAUCCGAGAGAGGCGAAUCUUCAAACGAAUUGCUGAACCAGCUUGAUUUUCUAUAUUCCUACAUUCUUUCAUCACUGAGUGAACGGCAAUUAGUUAGGCUGUUCUCAAAAAGGGAAAAUUUCGAUUUAAGAAAUUACUUAGAAACUACAGAUUUUGAAAAUUUGGAUGAAAUCUGUUCACUGAUUUGUGAUAGAAUGUUUCCUUCCUUGCUAUUGAACUCAUUACAAUGCUUGCCAUUUCGUCAUUCUUCAAGAUUGAAAUUACAGAGCUUGAUUUUACAGCAGUUAGAGAAAAGACAAGAUAUUCCAAGGGGAACCCUAUUAUAUGGCCUAAUAAUCGCGCCUCAGAAUAAACUAUGCUGUGUUCUUCGACCCAAGGGUCAUACUCUGCACACUACAGAUUUGCAUCUUUUAUUUUGUUUGAUAUCUCAUCAAUUUCAGAACUUAGACGAAACCCAAGAACUUUGGGUUCCCAUAUGUUUCCCUAAAUUCAAUUCUAGUGGAUUUCUUUACUGUUAUAUUAAGUUCUUACCUAACGAUAGUAAUAGCAAUGAAAAAUCGGCAUUGGUGCUAAUAAGUGCACAGAAGGAUGCGUUCUUCUCACUGAAGUCGUUCAGUGACGAGCUAAUCGUUAAACUCGAAAGCGAAAGGAUAUUAAAGAAGAUAAAUGCAUCUAAAGGAUUCAAGCUAAGUGACAUACCGGCACCGAUGGUCCAUCAUUUCAUAUAUAAAUCCAAGCAAAACGUUCAAUAUGUUAUGCCUCAUUUUGAGAUCAACAGUAACAUUGCCAUGGAUUCAUCACAAGGAUUGGAGUAUGAAUUGAAAUUGAAGACAUACUACCAACAAUUGCAUGGUACGGUGGUUAGAGAUAAUGGUAACCUAUUGAGUAGGUCUAUAUUAAAUUUUGUGAAGUGGAGCUCCCAAGACAAUAAAGACAUGGCCAUAGACGAAACAAGAAUGCAGUUUUCUGAAUUGGAUGAGUACAUAAUUGGGAACUCCUCGUUCGAACAAGAAUCCGUGAACAUGCUAGGGAUGGCAUGGGUAACGCCCAAAUUUGAAUUAUAUUUGAUUGGUAAUAAUGGCGUUGUCGAUAAGAAAGUUUUAUUCAAGAGUGCGAGAAAAGUGGCCAACUGGUGUCAAAAAAACGAGUCGAGGUUGUUUAUAAGUGAAGGAGCCGUCUUUUGA